GGUUUUGGUAAGUGAGAAAGGGUUUGAUUAGUGAUGUAAAAUGAGUGUCAAUUUUACUUGACUCAGUCCUUUCACCUCUCUCUCUACAAAGUUGUGCUCAUAAUUGUGGAAUGUAGCUUUACUCUAACUUUUUUCUCCACUCUUCUUUCUUUAUACUCCAACCCAACCAAUUCAUUCCUCUCAUCAUCACCAUCACACACCCUUUCAAUUACUCACUCAAUUAAACCCAAAACCCAUUAAUCAUGGAGUCUGAUAAUGGUGAAGCAAAGUCCAAGAUGGAAGAUUAUGAAGUUCUUGAACAGAUUGGCAGAGGAGCUUUUGGUUCUGCUUUUCUUGUUCUUCAUAAAACCGAGAAUAAAAAGUAUGUAUUGAAGAAGAUUCGGCUUGCCAAGCAGACUGAGAAGUUCAAACGUACAGCUCAUCAAGAGAUGGAGUUAAUAGCAAAAUUGAAUAAUCCAUAUAUUGUGGAGUAUAAGGAUUCUUGGGUGGACAAGGCAAAUUGUGUACGCAUAGUAAUGGCUUACUGUGAAGGUGGAGAUAUGGCUGCAAUUAUAAAGAAGGCUAGGGGCAUUUAUAUUCCAGAGGAGAAGCUCUGCAAAUGGUUGACUCAGUUACUGCUAGCUGUGGACUAUCUGCAUUCAAAUCGCGUCCUUCACCGAGAUCUAAAGUGCUCCAAUAUAUUUCUUACAAAGGACGAUGAUGUCCGCCUUGGUGACUUUGGACUUGCAAAGCUUCUCAAAACAGAAGACCUUGCUUCUUCGGUGGUUGGCACUCCUAAUUACAUGUGUCCCGAGCUCCUAGCAGAUAUACCUUAUGGGUAUAAAUCUGAUAUAUGGUCUCUUGGUUGCUGUAUGUUUGAAAUUGCUGCACAUCACCCUGCAUUUAGGGCUCCUGACAUGGCUGGACUAAUCAACAAAAUAAACAGAUCCUCCAUUUCUCCUCUCCCAAUAGUGUAUUCUGCUUCACUGAAACAAAUUAUCAAGAGUAUGCUAAGGAAGAACCCGGAGCACAGACCUACAGCUGCAGAACUGUUAAGGCAUCCUCAUUUGCAGAUAUAUCUACUUCGUUGCCGUAAUACUUCUUCUGUGUAUCUUCCCGUAAAGCCCACUGACAAUUCAAAGGAGAAAACAAGGAGAAAAUCCUUGUCUGGAAAACCUAGAGGUAGCAAUGACAACACAGACAGGGAAGUCUGGCCACAAAACCAGCUGGAAAACGAUCGACCAUAUGAGGGAAACGUCGUAUCUCAUGUUGACAUUCGCGCAUCAACGUCCAGUGCGGAAGACAACCUUGAGACGAAAAGGGUUGAUCCGACGAGCUAUACUGUGGAAACUUCGGAUUCUAUGACUGGUCCGAAAGACAGUUCCACUGAUUCUGAAACUAGCAUUUGUAAUGGAGACAAGCAACCUGAUUCUACCCCUCCAGCUCAGAAGGAUGGCGCUGAACUUGAGUUUAUUCUGGAAAGCAUACCGGCUCAUCAGCCCGAAACAGAGCCGACAUCUGAGCAAUAUCAAGAGGUAGACGCAAAAAUUGUUACCACAAUGGAUCAACAAGCUCUGUGCAACCAGAAAGUCAUUGAAGAAGCUCAAAUAGAGGGCGACGGUUCUACAACAGAGAAUAGCAGGAUGCUGGAAGUGCCUACAUCCUUUGAUAAAGGCUUGCCCGAAGCUAUAAAUGAACCAUUUGUUGAGCCAGAAUGUAGUUCACAAAAACCAGAAAGCCCCGAUAUCUAUACAGAAGAGGUACCUUUGGACUACUUAUCGAAUGAAAGUAAUGAUAUACUACCAUCAGUUUCAUGUAAAGACGAAGGUGGAGCGAAACCAGAUACGAAUAACUCCGCCAUGGAAACCGAGAAAGAUGACUCUUAUAGAACGAUACAGGCAGGAAGUCACAUUGCGUUGCUUAAUACACUCGCGGCACUGAAUGGAGGUGAAACCAAGAGUGAAUGGGAGAACCCUGGUCAGCAACGAGCUGAUGCUCUCGAGUCUCUGCUUGAGUUAUGCGCACGGCUACUCAGACAAGACAAAAUCGAUGAGCUCGCCGGCGUGCUGAAACCAUUCGGAGAAGAAGUCGUCUCGUCCAGAGAAACAGCAAUUUGGUUAACAAAAAGUCUGAUGACACAACAUAAAUUUAAUGGAGGGACCUAAAUUUGAGGUGAUUAUUUUAUUUAAUAGCAAUACUAUAUAUUUUACUAAAUUGAAAAUAUGUAUUUACUAAAUUGUGUUGACAUAAAAUUAAUUUUUUCUGAGUGUUGUUUGAUUGAAGAGUAUAACUUAUCAAUGUAAUUUACAGAUUGUUCCAUCCACUGAUAGUUUUGAUGA